ACCCAUGUGCCUGGCCAUGGAGGUGUGUGUGUGCUGCUCUGGAGUGUAACUGGAGAGCUUCUGUGCGCUACAAAGGGCGAGGAGAGAGAGAGAGAGGGAGGAGGUACCCUGUGCAUCUCCCAUAUACCCUCCCCCCACCACCCAAGAACAGACACAUCCAAUCCAGCCUCAUUGCUGUCAGGAGCUGCUCUCUGAUCCCCCCCACCCCAAACCCCUCCCCCUCUCCCCUCCAGCCUGAUCACACUAAGGAAUGAUGAAAAAAAAUAAUUCUGCAAAAAGGGGGCCACAGGAUGGAAACCAGCAAUCCAUGCAGCCAGAGAAGGUCGGCUGGGUUCGGAAAUUUUGCGGGAAAGGCAUUUUUAGGGAAAUCUGGAAAAACCGUUAUGUGGUUUUGAAGGGAGAUCAGCUUUAUAUCUCAGAGAAAGAGGUCAAAGAUGAAAAAAACAUCCAGGAAGUGUUUGACCUGAGUGAUUAUGAGAAAUGCGAAGAGCUCAGGAAGUCCAAAAGCAGAAGCAAAAAGAACCACAGCAAAUUCACGCUAGCACACUCCAAACAGCCUGGAAACACGGCACCAAAUCUGAUCUUCCUGGCCGUCAGUCCGGAGGAGAAAGAGUCCUGGAUCAACGCCCUCAACUCCGCCAUCACCCGAGCCAAAAACCGCAUCUUAGAUGAGGUGACUGUUGAGGAGGACAGCUACCUCGCCCAUCCGACCCGCGACAGAGCGAAAAUCCAGCACUCCAGACGGCCUCCGACACGGGGACACUUGAUGGCUGUGGCAUCUACCUCAACGUCGGAUGGCAUGCUGACACUGGACCUCAUCCAAGAGGAAGACGCCUCUCCCGAGGACCACGGGACCUGUGAAGAGAGCUUCCGGGUAGAUCUGGAUAAGUCCGUGGCACACCUCGCUGCCGGACGGCGCCGGUCGGAUUCGGAGAACAUCAAGUCCUCGGAGAAAGGCCGGUCAGUGAGCCUGCCAAGACGGGAGGCGAUCUCAUGGGACAAAACUGGGAAACGCAAUGACGCCUUCGAGAAAGGGACCAUGUACACCCCGCAGGUCCCCAAAAAGCUCUCGCACUCGGAAAAGAACAAAUGUGCCUCCAUGGAGGAGAUUUUGUCUCGCCGGGACUCUUCUGCGCACCGGGCAGUGCUGAGGAAGGGGCUGGAGGCUCAGUUUGCUUCGGGGGAGCCCGAGCAGCUGGCCCGGAUACAGGAACUGGUUGCACUGAAACUGGAAAAAACUCAGGAACUGCUGGCGGAGGUGAAGGGCUAUGGGGAAGGGAAGCGAAAGACAAAAGAUUUCGCUGCUGCUGCCACCACCACCUCUUCCUCUUCCAAGUCGGACUCUGAAAGCAUCUUGCAGGAGACGCAGAGGUUGCUGGGCGAGGCCUCCUCCACCUGGAGCCAGGCCAAGAAGGUGUUACAGGAGAUUAAAGAGCUAAGGGACCUGUACAAACAGUUAGAACUGCAGCCGUCGGACCCUAAACCCAAACAGAUCUCACAGUCUCAGUACAGGAAGAGCAUGAUGUGAAGGCACGCUUCAGGGUGGGGCGGUGGUGAUUUCUUUUUAUUAUUAUUUACAGUGUUCGAAACAGUACAACGUGCCUGUUCUCAUCAAAACUUGCUCCUCACGCUUGACCCCUUCCCCUCCCCAGAUCUUCCCCUGUCCCCAGAUGAAACAAAAGGUGUUCCAAUAAAUCAGUUUGGAUUCCUAUUUUUUUUUCAAAGUAUCCUUUCUCUGCGUUCUUGGGCUGCUCGUGUCAUGCUUGCAGGAUGGAAGAUCACCAAGACCUGGAAAGCUCCCGGCAUACUUGUGGAGACAUACGCACAGCAGCCGGGGUAGAUAUUCUCCCUCUAUAGAAGCCCUGGGUUUGCUGCUCUGAACCCAGAGCUGCGGUUCUGUGUCCAGCGUUACAGCUCCUUGAUCAAGAGCGUUGGCAACUUAGUUUAUGUUUUUCCUCCUCUUUAAAAAAGAGUCAGCACGUGGAGGUCCCCGUUAUCCAAAAACUGUUUGGAAGAUGCUUGCCAGUGACAUCCAAGCCAGGGUUGGAAUUCCGCUGUCAGAACGAGGAGAUUCACGGCCUGGAAUGCAGUCUGACGUGUCAUGAGAGGCAUUGGACGCUCCUUCCUGGACUGCAGUUAACAGGGCUCUUCCCUGGCGUUCCUGCACUGAUCCCAAACCCUCUUUUGCAAACUCCUGUGGCAGGCAGCUGUUAAUACAUGUGGUACAAAUACAGCCCUCCCUACGGAGGCAACAGGUAUGCAAUCUGUGUUAAAACUAACCCUGUCUGUAGGCUGACAGCCGAUGCUUCGGAGACACCCCCUGGCCCAGUGCAAUGAGAUUUAGCAACCACAAUGUCUUCCUUCUUGUGCAGAUGAUCAAAGCCUGGAGUCCAACGGGCAGUCAUUAUUUGUUUUUCAUUGUUCUUUCCUUCAUUUAGGCUGGAGUGAAAUGGAAAGUCAGGGUUUGGCACAGAGGGCAACAAAAAAGCUGAGAAUUGCAGUUGGUUUAAUGGGCCUGAUUCUGCUCUCGCUCACACUCCGUUUACACAAUCGAUCCUCACAGCAUUGUCUCUUAGCUGACACUGAUGUGAGGUCAGUAUCAGGCCCACUGACACUCAAACGGAUCCCAAAUUAGAGCUCAGAUAUCCUCGCCUGGCUGAUGUCUAGCACUUUUCUAAAUAGGUGGCUCAGCUUUCAUGCACUUAAGCAGCAGGACAAGAGGGAAAUAUGCGAAGAUUUCUCUCAGGGCUUAAAGUACACUGGCAAAUUAACAUCAGUUGUUUUUUCCAAGAAAUCUAAUUUCCUUGCCUAUGUUGCAAAGAACCCCUGAGAAUAUUAAAAACAACUGAGUUUUAAAUGACUAA